UUUAAGACAUAAUCACCAUGGUGUUAAAGUAGUUUAAAAAGCCUCUACCAGUCUACUGGAUAGGUACCCAGCCAAGACUAACGAGCCUCUACCAGUCUACUGGAUAGGUACCCAGCCAAGACUAACAAGCCUCUACCAGUCUACUGGAUAGGUACCCAGCCAAGACUAACAAGCCUCUACCAGUCAACUGGAUAGGUACCCAGCCAAGACUAACAAGCCUCUACCAGUCAACUGGAUAGGUACCCAGCCAAGACUAACAAGCCUCUACCAGUCAACUGGAUAGGUACCCAGCCAAGACUAACGAGCUCCUAGUGCUUACUGGUUAAGGCGCCAGUUACUCGCCUUCGCCCCUUCUGCUAGUGAAAACAGUUACGUCGAAUUCAAUGUCAGAGCCACCCCGUUAAGUCCAGAAGUUAGACUGGUUGACAGAGGAAGCAGUUUAAAGGUAAAGAAAUUGUCUCUGAAAAUGGCGACGGUAUUACUCUUAAUUGUCGUUCUUUGUGCGGUCAGCGGGUCACCUACGAGCGUGUCACAAAAGACAAAACCUCCAGAACCACAGCAGUUUUCUACAAGUGUUGAAGAUGCCCACCCAAGGACAACACCCUUGGGUGCAGCGUUGUCCAGGAUCAUCAGUUCCAUGGUAGACAAGGGGCCAACAAAGUCUGGGGAUGACGUUCUUGGCCUUCCAGACGACAUUGUGUUCGACGCUCUGAUGGGAAACAUCAACACGCUGCAGGAACAAAUUGAGCUUUGUGAAGAAGAGUUGAUAGAGAAAGUUGGCAAUACCCGGACACAAGGUCAUGGUCAUCAUCCAGACGAUAGAAGCGGCAGAGAAACUGAAACGCCAAGCAGACAUCACCAUGGAGAUACGCAAGACGAUCCCGAAAACAAUGAUGGCGACGACGCUGAAGAGAAAAACAAGGCUCCACACGCACUUAGCAGAAGAAUUAGAUCUUCUGCUCUAAAACCUGCGGUCAAAAUCCAGGUCGAAUCUCAUGAUAGUUUUGUGCGCGAUCUAGUGAAUCGAUUAUCGUCAAGACUGGAAUACUUGAAAGUCUCAUUGUCUCAAUGUUAUGAUCUGUUUAAAGUCUGGAACAAGAAGCAGACACUGAAAUACUAAGAACAAUUAUUUUCCAACGUGGAUCGAGAGUAUAACAAAAGUUUGUAUAAGGGAAAGAACCGCAAAAUCACUGUCAUAGAUCUAAAUACUGCAGGAAUAGGCUCCAUUUUUAUUUUAACUAAUUAGUGGAUUUUUUUUAAACGUGAUUCACGUAUUGUCAUCGACUAUAUAUAAUUCUGCAAAAUUUCAACUUGAUCCAAGAAUAAGAAGUGGGAGAAAUAACGUGUACAAAACGUUAUUAGGGGAAUAACUCCACAUAUACAGCUACACCUCUCAAUAAGCAACUUUUAUUUUUCUUUUCGAUACCAAAAAAAAAAUUAAUUAAUUACCAAUAGUUAAAUAUGUAAUUGGUUAAUUUCUUGAUUGAUUAAUGUUUUGCUAGGUGCAACAUAUAAUUGUGUUUUAAGUCGCAACUUGAUCCGAGAGUGGGUGUAAAAGAAAUAACUAGUAUACAAAUUCUACCAGACAGGAAGAAUGAGUCGAUAUAAGCUUUGUAUAAGGUCUUAAAUAUAGGAGUGAGUUUUAUGUUCUCUUAUUAAAGAUUUUAACCAUAAAUUUCAAACACAGUAAUCCCUACUUCUUUUGCAUUUUGAUUAGUAAGUUCCGGUUUUAGGUCAUAAAUACAGUCCCAUAUAAAAAGAAGGCGAUUCGAUAUGGAGUCUUGCGGCGGCGAUAUAAUGGAGAUACCGGGGCGAUAUAAUGGAGUCUAAAGAGAACAUAGGAAAAUAAAAAGUGGAACAUUUGGGAGAGUUUUCGAAAUAGACAAACUAGACAAUGUCAAGGACGCCAUAUUCUUGCCAAAUGAAUUUAAAAAAUUGUUUUUGAGAUUAUAAAUUUGAUGUGUUGAGCAAUACUUCUUUACACCGGAUACAACUAAUAAAUUUAGUUAUUUAUAGUUAUUCGACAGAUAGGAAAACCUCUAAUAAUUGAUCGAAAUUACUUGACAAUAAAGAUUUAAAGGCAGGUCGAGAAAAAUAGAAAAACAAGCUGAAAAGUGGAUGAAGUGUUUAAAGUUGAACUUGGUUGUGUAUGUGCACAGUGCUGACUUCUGCUUCUUGGUGAUGUCGUUACAUUGUACCAGAGUAACGUCCCCUGAUGAGGUCUGAGGGGGAAAAAAAAACGUUAUGAGAAUGUUUUCGUUACUGUAACAAUUAAGGCCACAAUACUUUUUUCUUUAUUUUUACAGUUGUAAGUUCUACGCCAAUACAUUGUUUGAUUUGACAUUAAUGACGUGUCAUCUAGCGCGGAAUUUGUAUGUUAUAAGCAUAUUUGUAUAUGUCUAUUUAAAAAAAAAUACGUUCCACUAGUCUAUCUACUAUUAGGUAUCUCGGCUCAGACUUUUAAAAAAAAUAGUUUAUUAAAAAAAAUUUUAAACAUG